AUGGCAACAACGGUUAUAUUCUUCAGCCUCACACUCGUCGCUUUCUUCGCUACCUUAACCACAACCACCACCACUGCCCAAAACACCACUGGGUUAGAGAUUCAAGCCUUAAUCGCUUUCAAGCGCAGCCUCCAUGACCCUCUCGGUUCCCUCGACGGUUGGGACCCUUCUACGCCCUCCGCACCCUGCGACUGGCGCGGCAUUCUCUGCCACAACAAUCGAGUUCAUCACCUCCGUCUUCCCCGUCUCCAACUCGCCGGGCAACUCGCUCCUUCCCUCUCCAAUCUCCUUCAACUCCGCAAACUCAGCCUCCAUUCCAACAAUCUCAACUCCUCCAUCCCUUCCUCCCUCUCCCAAUGCCUCUUCCUCCGCGCCGUUUACCUCCACAACAACCGCCUCUCCGGCCACCUUCCUCCGCCGCUCCUCAACCUUACCAACCUCCAAAUCCUUAACCUCGCCCGCAACCUCUUCACUGGAAAAAUCCCUGGCCACCUCUCCUUCUCCCUUCGCUUCCUUGACCUCUCCGACAACGCCUUCUCCGGAGACAUUCCGUCCAACUUCUCCUCCAAAUCUCAGCUCCAGCUCAUCAACCUCUCCUACAACGGCUUCACCGGAGGAAUACCUGCCUCCGUCGGAAUGCUGCAGAAUCUUCAGUAUUUAUGGUUGGACUCCAACCACAUUCACGGAACCCUACCUUCGGCUAUUGCAAACUGUACCUCUCUGGUGCACCUCACCGCAGACGAUAACGCACUCACCGGACUUUUUCCUCCCACCCUGGGAACCAUGCAGAAGCUUCAAGUGCUUUCGAUUUCGCGGAACCAGCUUUCCGGUUCGGUCCCCGCCUCCGUGUUUUGCAAUGCGCACCUGCGAAGCGUGACGCUCGGGUUCAAUUCCUUCACGGGCUUGUCCGCGCCGCAAAGUGGGAAAUGCGACAGCGUUUUGGAGGUUUUGGAUGUUAAAGAGAAUCGCAUUGUUCACGCGCGAUUUCCCUCGUGGUUGACCCGCGCGACGACGUCGUUGAAGGCUCUUGACCUUUCUGGAAACUUCUUUACCGGUUUUCUGCCGGUUGAUAUUGGGAACUUUUUAGCGUUGGAAGAGUUCAGAGUGGCGAAUAAUUUGUUAUCCGGUGGAGUUCCGCGUAGCAUUGUGAACUGCAGGUUGUUAGAGGUUCUUAAUCUUGAGGGAAACCGGUUCUCUGGGUUGAUUCCUGGGUUUCUCGGGGAAAUGAGAAACCUGAAGGAGUUGUCUCUUGCGGGUAACCUUUUUACCGGUUCGGUUCCUUCUAGUUUUGGAACGCUUUCUGCACUCGAGACGCUUAAUUUAAGCGACAAUAAGUUAACCGGUGUGGUGCCUAAGGAGAUCAUGACACUGGGGAACUUGAGUGAAUUGAAUCUCAGCAAUAACAAGUUUUCGGGUCAAGUUUGGUCUAACAUUGGGGACAUGAUGGGUUUGCAGGUUCUUAAUUUGAGUCAGUGUGGGUUUUCGGGAAGGGUUCCUGCUUCGUUGGGGAAUUUAAUGAGACUAACGGUGCUGGAUUUGAGCAAGCAGAACCUCUCGGGUGAGUUGCCCCUUGAGGUUUUUGGGUUACCUAGUCUGCAAGUUGUGGCACUUCAAGAGAACCGUUUGAGUGGUAAUGUUCCUGAGGGGUUCAGCAGCAUAGUUAGUCUGCGAUAUCUUAAUCUCAGCUCUAAUGAAUACGUGGGUGACAUUCCAAUAACUUACGGAUUCCUUAGUUCUUUAGCGGUUCUCUCACUGUCUCACAAUGGUGUUUCUGGUGAAAUACCCCCCGAGAUUAGUGGUUGUUCGCAGCUCGAAGUAUUGCAGUUGCAGUCAAAUUUUCUAGAGAGUAACAUUCCUGGUGACAUCUCUCGGCUCGCUCGUUUAAAGGAGCUUAAUUUGGGGCACAAUAGAUUGAAAGGUGAUAUCCCAGAUGAGAUAUCAGAGUGUUCUGCUUUGAGUUCACUCUUGUUGGGUGGUAAUCACUUCACGGGUCACAUUCCAGGUUCCUUGUCAAAACUGUCAAAUUUGACCGUGUUGAACCUUUCUUCAAAUCAUUUGAAAGGGGAAAUUCCGGUUGAAUUGUCAAGCAUUUCUGGUUUGAAGUAUUUAAAUGUGUCUAGUAAUAAUCUUGAGGGUCAGAUUCCAUACGGGCUUGGUGCCAGAUUCAAUGUCCCUUCCGCGUUUGCAAUGAACCAAGGUCUAUGCGGGAAGCCCUUGCAAAGAGAAUGUGCAAAGGUGAGAAGGAGAAAGAAGAGAAGGCUAAUAAUGUUGAUUGGCGUGGCAGUGGCUGGUUUAUGCCUUUUGGCGUUGUGUUGUUGUGGGUAUGUUUACAGCCUCUUGAGGUGGCGGAAGAAGCUUAGAGAAGGGGUGACCGGUGAGAAGAAACGGAGCCCUUCAACAAGUGCAGGUAGUAGAGGGAGUGGGGAAAACGGAGGACCAAAGCUAGUGAUGUUCAACAACAAGAUCACGUACGCGGAGACAUUGGAAGCAACGAGAAACUUUGACGAAGAGAACGUCUUAAGCAGGGGAAGAUAUGGCCUCGUGUUCAAAGCCUCCUUCCAAGAUGGAAUGGUUCUCUCCAUUCGUCGCUUCGUUGAUGGGUUCUUAGACGAGGUUAACUUCCGCAAGGAAGCAGAAUCACUGGGCAAAGUGAAGCAUCGAAACUUAACAGUUCUGCGUGGCUACUAUGCAGGCCCACCUGAUGUGCGACUUCUUGUGUACGAUUACAUGCCCAAUGGAAACCUUGGUACACUGCUUCAAGAGGCGUCUCAGCAAGAUGGCCAUGUGCUGAAUUGGCCAAUGCGUCACCUCAUUGCACUAGGAAUUGCGCGAGGGCUAGCUUUCUUGCACUCGGUGCCCAUAGUUCAUGGUGAUGUGAAGCCUCAAAAUGUUCUUUUUGAUGCAGAUUUUGAAGCCCAUUUGUCUGAAUUUGGGUUGGAGCGGUUGACAGUCGCAGUUCCCGCAGAAGCAUCCUCGUCGUCCACUCCAGUUGGGUCCUUGGGGUAUGUUUCACCAGAAGCUGUAUCGAGUGGGGUGGCUACAAAGGAGGGUGAUGUUUACAGCUUUGGGAUAGUGUUGUUGGAGAUACUAACGGGGAAGAAACCGGUGAUGUUCACGGAAGAUGAGGACAUAGUGAAAUGGGUGAAAAAGCAGUUACAAAGGGGCCAAAUAUCGGAGUUGUUGGAGCCAGGGUUGCUUGAGCUAGACCCAGAGUCAUCGGAAUGGGAAGAGUUCUUGUUGGGUGUGAAAGUGGGUCUCCUGUGCACAGCAACGGAUCCUCUUGAUCGACCAUCUAUGUCUGACGUUGCUUUCAUGCUCCAAGGUUGCCGGGUCGGACCGGAAAUCCCAUCAUCAGCUGAUCCCACAACACUGCCUUCUCCUGCUUGA